AUGGCGAGAGUGGGGACGGUGCCUGGACAGGUGCUGUGGGAUAUAAGACUCUUUUCUGUGCCUUCUUGUGUAUGUUCGGUGUCCCCUUUUCGUGGGGGAGGUGAGGGCGCGGGCAGGGAGCUCGGCGGAGCCCCUCGCUGCGGCCCGGCCGCCUUUGCCGCCCAUUGUGUGGCCGUUGCCGCGGCGACGGCAGCAGCUGCCGGCGGCCUUGGCGGCGGCCCCGGGCGGGCCCGUGGCGCGGCCGCGGCUGAGGGCCGUGUUUGCCAACACCGGGCACACGGCCCCGGCCCGGCCUGCCCGCAACCCGGCCUGCCCGCAGCCCGCCCGGCGCAGCCAGGGACGCUCCCCGCGGGAAGCCACCCGCACACGCGUGCCCGUGGACACGCCCAGGGACUCUUCCCUUCAUCGCUCCUGGCACCCGGGGUUCCCCUGGACGGGUCCCGCUGCCAGCCGGGGCCGUGGGGCUGCAGCGUCCCGCUGCCCCGGCAGCGUUUAAUGCGCGCUGUCCCGGGCAGCUUGUUUCUCUCGCAGAUUUACGGCAGGAGAUUUGCUGCUGAUGCUGACCUUUCUUCCUCCGUCCCGGUAGAGUUCUUGGGGAGAUGGAGGCAGCAACACCGAGGCAAGCUUUGCCAGAAGGGGGAAGAAAGUGGGAUACAACAGAACCACAUCUGUCAUCAUCUCUGCUCCAACAGAACCACAUCUGUCACUCCAGGAGGACUUAUUUGGACUGCUUCCAACACCCUGACUGAGAGAGUGUCAGCCUGAGAACCAAGGACACCGUUGCAGCUUCAGGCCCAAAAAGUAUGAACAACAGCAAAUUGAGGAGAGCAACCUGGGAGGAUGGGACUUCAUAGCCUGAAGCUGUAAUUGGACAAUUGACCCCAAUAUGUAAAUGAACCAAAACGUGUAAAAGUGUGAAAAUGUGUGACCUAUCAUCCAUCUUGGGUGUAGCCACAACCAGGCUCUUGUACUGCCCAAGGUGUAUCUUGUGAAGACCUUUUAAUAAAUACCUACUUUAUUCCUUUAA